CGGUAACGUACGUCUCUUCUCUCUCUCUCACACACACACGCACGCUGACACCAGAGCCACAGGCACAAAAAUAUGUUCCGAAAAGAGUGUCAGUUCAAAGUGAAUCGAGAAUCUCCUUAGCCCAAACUUUGCGAAUCAAGACGGAUUCUUGUGACGAAAGACUGCAGGCACUAGCCAAAAUCUUGAAGUCGACCGAUGAAGAGAGCUCUUAGAUGUGAAGGUCUGGAUGAGAUAAAGGAGAGAAGAAGUCUAACAAAAUGGCUCAACCUGAAGCACCAUCAUUCGGUGCUGAUCCCGAAUCUUUAAUCUCUUCUCUGAACCCCCCUUCAAGCUAUUAUGUUAAUGGUAUUGGGAGGCACAAUGCAUGUGGACCUGGAUUUCCAGGCUUAAAGAAGAGAACUCAUAAUCUUGGAAAUCGGUCAUGGAUACUGAUUGAUACGAAAGGGAACUCAGAAGUUGUGGAACUGGAUAAGUCUACUGUCAUGAGGCGUUGCUCGUUGCCUUCCAGAGAUCUCAGACUUUUGGAUCCUUUGUUUAUCUAUCCCUCCUCAAUAUUAGGUCGUGAGAAGGCUAUUGUUGUGAGUCUCGAACAGAUUAGGUGCAUUAUCACAGCUGAUGAGGUUAUAUUGAAGAACUCUGUAGAAGAGUCCGUGCUACAGUACAAAUAUGAGUUGUGCAAGCGUCUCGAGGUAUCCAAAGAUUCUUAUGACGAUCUACCUUUCGAGUUCAGGGCUUUGGAGGUUGCUUUGGAACAUACAUGUAUGUCACUUGAUGCUCAGGUAAAAGAUUUAGAACUGGACAUAUAUCCCGUGCUUGAUGAAUUGGCCUCAUCCAUAAGCACCCUCAAUCUGGAGCGUGUACGUAGAUUCAAAGGAAGCCUCCUGGCCUUGACUCAGCGAGUGCAAAAGGUUUGUGAUGAAAUAGAGCAUCUGAUGAACGAUGAUGGUGACAUGGCCGAGAUGUAUCUAACUGAGAAGAAAGAAAGAAGGGAUAUACUUACCGACAGUGAUAUAUGCAAUCAAAUCAAUACCUCAGAAGAUGUGAAUUUUGGAUCCAAAUCUGCUCCUGUUUCUCCGGUGGGAUCAUCUAGUGGAGUUCAGAAAUUGCAGAGAGCUUUCAGCACUAUGAGUUCCAGUAAACACGGAAGCUUCUUGAGCUCAUCUUCUGGUGGAGAAAACAUCGAUCAACUUGAGAUGUUACUCGAAGCAUACUUUGUCGGCAUAGACAACACUCUCAACAAGUUGCUAUCGCUUAAAGAGUAUAUUGAUGAUACCGAGGAUUUAAUCAACAUAAAGCUGGGAAAUGUCCAGAAUCAGCUGAUUAAAUUCGAGUUGCUUCUCACAGCUGCUACCUUCGUGACUACCAUGUUUGCCGUUGUGACUGCAGUUUUUGGAAUGAAUUUUGAAGACACUGUAUUCGACGAGCCCUCUACAUUUCACUGGUAGCAUUUCUGACUCAUCGCUGCCCUCAUCUUCACACAUGGAAUCCUCAUUGGAGUCGAGACUCACAAAUCUUUGCUUCUUAUCCCAAAUCUGUGGCAUAUCUUUCAUGGAGUCAUAGUUUCCAUUCUGUAUUCCAUUGGUCGAGCGCCUUCCCUGACCAACACCAUUGCCAGAUUCCCUGUCCUUCUCUGAAGGUACGUCUUCUCUCUUGUCGUGUUCGUCACAUAUGCAGGUAGGACUGUGGUGAGCGGACGAGGACUCUGUUUCGCUGUAAGAAUAUCUCCUUGUGGAUACGAUGAUGCCAUUCUGAAUUCCAACUCUGUUUUGGCUCUGCAGAAGCGCGAUCUCUAGGUCCUUGAUGCGCGUCUCAAGCCUCGACUCUAUCAGCUCAUGGAGCCGCAAGCUCAACUCCCAUGGUGAAACGGUGUAAUUUGCAGGUUUGGAGCAAUCCGUCGUUGUAUCUGUUGUUCUGCUUUCUGAUUCUGUUGCAUUUUCCACCAUUGCCGGCUUCAGCUCUCCUCGAACGAUUUCUGGUUCAAAAUCUGGAUCGAGCUGCCAAAAACAGGUGAAAAGGAGUAAUUUUAGCUUUCACAUGACUACAGACAGGAAGUCCAUGGAAAUGGAAUCAGAUUUUAUGCCAGCAUACAAAUUCUUUCAUUCUUAAAGUGAAAUGCAUGUCUUACCUCAACAACACUAUAGAUUCUGUCUUGAUCAGAAACCUUCAUGUUCAGUUCUAGCAUCUCCAGUUCUGCUUGAAGCUCUGCCUCAAUUCUGCUCAAUAGCUCUAGGUUCUCUACCUUGUUGUCAAGUUCACCGGCUUUCACGAGGGAAGGAGAUGAGAACGGCUCUUCAGUCGACAGAGGCGAAUCUUCUUUUUCUCUGGGAGGUAAAUUGACCUCAUCGUCCAGUUCCUUCACCGUCACCAUAUCUUUCAGGUCGAGCUCGUCGUGCAAGUCUUGUACCAAACUCUGCAUCUGCUUAAGCUGCCUGUUCAACUCAUCUACUUCAUUUCUCCAAGAAGUAGUUGCACUCAGUAUCCCAACAGUCAUCCCAGUAACGAAAAGAAGCAUCGUCUCAGCUGCUGAUAUCAUAGCAGAGAUCAAGAAUUCAGACACAAAUGUCAUAAACAAAAUUGAUCACAUCUCAGUAACACAUUACAAAAGACAGCACAUAAACAAUGAAAGUUUAGGGACCUUGUGAAGGCGAUGAUCCCUUGUUCGCUUUCAUGAGCUCCUCAAACUGUUUCAGGGAAGAAGAAGAAGAAGAAGAAGGCGACGUCCUCGUCUCCUCCAGACGAGCAUCAAACUGAGCCGUGACCAACGCUGGAUACAGACAUGAAGUAUGCUGUUCCAUAAUGUCCACACAACUCCCUAAAGAGGUCAAUGCCCUAAUCCCACAUCUUGUGUUUCUUGCCAACCAUUUGCCCCCUUUCAUCUUCCUCAAACUCAUGUUUUCACCAUCUACACCAACUCCUGUUGACAGAUUAUAAUCCUCAAUAAUUCCAUAAUCACCGUAAGCCUCCCUUUCCCUACUGUUUGAUCGAUCAUCUAUCCCCAAAUCAACAAGUGAAUCAUCUUCAACUCUAGUUUGGGCUAAUCUGCGUAGAGGGCAAGUCUUGUCUCUCAAUUGCUGCAGGAAGUUUCUUGAUUCUGUGUGAACAUUGAGAGAAGGUCCACGUGGACUUUCUUUCUUGUCAGCUGAGAAAUUCUGCAAGUUCUUCGCUAUGCAUCCAGCUCCAGCAGCUGCUGCAACAACCCACAAAUCCAUUCACACACACCCAAUAUUCAACCUCUCUCCAUCUCUACAGAGAAGCUAUCAACUCCAAAGAAUUUGAUGGGUCGAAGCUGCAUAAAGCGAUGAGAAAACCCACUAAAAAGUAAUGAUUUUCUUUUUUAUCAAGAAGAUCAAAGAAGAAAGCUGCUGACUCUGAAAAUUUGUUGAUUGAAUUUCUUCAAGAAUGGUCGGAGUAAAUGAUAAAAAUGGCGAUUGAUGAUGGAUUUUUUUACGAGGGGGCAGCCUAAAAAGUCAAGAUCUUUCGAUACAACUCAUGGUCGGGAUUGGAGCGCGAAGCUUUGAAUUGUUAUUUCCUUUUCCAUUCCCUUUUCUUUUUAUGUUAUUUAUUUUUUAGGGCUUAUUUCAGUGUUUGGCAGGCCAUACAUGUCACCGCUAUUUUGAGCCACUAACUAUGGAUUGUGAAUUUGAGACCCUCAUCCAUUUCUAAAAAUCUCUUAAUUUAUCGUUAUUGGUCA